CCUAUGCAAGAUUGUGUACCUCUAAGUUUAACAUUUUAAGCAUUAAUUUAACCUAAUAUAUAUUAGAAUUUAAAACGAAGUAGUCGAACAUUUUACUAUGCAUAACGUUUAACAUUGGCAUGCUGUUUACAUAUGUAGAUUCUACCCGUGCAAUGUCUCACAUUCUCUGGAAAUCAGAUUACAAACGAGAUGUGGUGUACCUCCAUGUUUUAUCAAGAACACGAUCCCGUGGAGUUGUGAACAUUUCGCCGUUUGCAAUCAAAUUGGAACUUUUCUUAAGGAUCAACGGCAUACCAUUUCAGACAGUGGAUUGUGAUGAUUUUUCCUCAAAACAACAAAGUCAUUUUGUUCUUUUCAAUGGCGAAGAGAUAGCCGAUCACAACCAUAUAAUCCAACACGUGAGUGGUGUGUUCUGUAAGGACCCUUAUCCCGGGUACGGACUCACGGAGAGGGCGGUAGGGCGAGCCUUCAUGAAGAUGCUGGAGGAAAACACGAUCUGGCCAAUAUUUAUAUACCGGUUUAUUGAACAUAAGGACGAGUAUGACAGUUAUAUAUACCCUGACUGUUCUAGAGAAGAAAAGAAGAAAAUCAUUGAUAAACUUCAGGACCUUUUUGAACGGCGCGCAAUAGGUCACGGCAUAAGCCGUCAUUCAAGUGACGAGAUACAGACUAUUGGAUGUGAAGACGUUAAGGCACUGUCAGACUUUCUGGGGUCUAAACAGUAUCUUCUUGGAGACAGACCUUCGGUGGUGGAUUGCAGUUUGUUUGGAGUUCUCUCCCAGGUUUUGUACGUUCCAAUCGGCUACCCCAUGAGAACAUUUCUGCUGGACAAGUGUCCAAACCUUGUCAACCUUAUAAAUAGACUUAGAGAAACAUUCUGGGCGAAUUGGAACGAGGAGUGUGGAAUACAGGUUACACAAUUCUAGGUCUAGUUAGUCCGUGUUACUGUUUAUUGUAAUUAAAAUGAAUACAAAGGCUAUAGACUGUUACUUAAAUAUAUUUUGGUUUUGUCUUUGCUAGAAGAAGGGGAAUAUGAAUUUCAUUUCAUUGAAAAUAAUAGUAUGUUUUAACUUAAGCUUCUCAUGUAUGCAGAUUUAAGAAAAGGUAGCUUUACAUACAAUAUAAUUUUCGUGUAACUUUUCGCACAAUGAAAAUCCAGCGAAGAUUGACAUUAUCAAUAUAAUUAUGUUUAUCAACCUUUUGUAACGUAAUCUUUUUUUAUAUAUAAAUAACGAAACGAU